CCAUGCGCAAUGUGUAAAGUGACGUGUUGGCCAUCUUAGAUGCGACAAAAUAUUGACAUCGAAGGAAAAAGAUAUACCUGAAGUUUUCAGAAUGAUAUUACGGCUGUCGACAUUACUUUUUCUUGCGAGCAUUAGCAACGCUUUCUAUUUACCAGGUCUUGCCCCUGUCACAUACUGUGCAAAAGAUGCAGCAGGCACAGGAAAUGCGAACUGCAAGUCUGAGAUACCAAUAUAUGUAAACAGACUCAAUUCAGUGGAAACUAUUGUGCCUUAUGAAUAUCACAAGUUUGAUUUCUGUACUGUGGAUGAAUCUGAUUCUCCUGUGGAAAAUUUAGGUCAAGUUGUGUUUGGUGAAAGGAUAAGGCCUUCUCCUUAUUCCUUGUCUUUCAUGAAGAAGGAGACAUGUAAGAGUGUUUGUCAGAAGUCUUACGACCCGAAUAGACAUGAGGAUAAGGAGAGAUUGAAGUUCUUAAAGAAAGGAAUAGCCAAUAAUUACUACCACCACUGGAUCGUUGAUAACAUGCCCAUCACUUGGUGUUACGACGUAGAGAACAAUCAGAAGUACUGCUCCAGGGGAUUCCCCAUUGGUUGCUUUGUGACUAAAGAAGGGAAAAGAAAAGAUGCAUGUGUUAUCAAUGGUAAAUACACAGAAAAGGAAACAUAUUACGUCUUCAAUCAUCUGGAUAUAAAAAUCAUGUACCACAUCCCAGCAGACUCUGAAUGGGAUAGCAGCUUUGGAAGCAUAGGGGGAAGGAUUGUGUCAGCCAAGGUUACUCCUAGAAGUAUCAAAUAUCCUGAGAAAGGUCCCUUCAAGUGUGAUGACACUACUGUCCCCAUGGGCAUCCCAGCAAAUGUGAAUCAACCAUUCAAGAUGAACUACACAUACUCUGUGACAUGGGAGACCAGCCCAGUGAAGUGGUCAUCCAGAUGGGAUUACAUCUUGGAGUCCAUGCCUCAUUCCAACAUUCAGUGGUUUAGCAUCAUGAAUUCGCUGGUGAUUGUGCUGUUCCUCUCUGGUAUGGUAGCUAUGAUCAUGUUGAGAACCCUCCACAGGGACAUUGCUCGAUACAACCAAAUGGACAAUUCCGAAGAUGCCCAAGAAGAAUUUGGCUGGAAGCUUGUCCAUGGAGAUGUCUUCAGACCCCCAAGGAAAGGAAUGAUGCUGGCUGUCUUAAAUGGAAAUGGUGUCCAAAUCUUCUUUAUGAUGUUUAUAACUCUCAUCUUUGCCUGCCUGGGAUUCUUAUCCCCCGCCAAUAGAGGAGCUCUGAUGACUUGCACCCUAGUCCUCUACGUUUGUCUUGGAACGCCAGCAGGAUAUGUGUCAGCUAGAAUCUACAAAAUGUUUGGAGGAGAAAAGUGGAAGUCGAAUGUCAUUCUGACAGCUUUCCUAUGUCCUGGUACUGUAUUUGGGGUAUUUUUCCUGUUGAAUCUCGUACUGUGGGCUGAAGGAAGUAGUGCUGCCAUUCCUUUCUCUACACUGAUAGCAUUACUGGCUUUGUGGUUUGGUAUUUCAGUUCCCCUCACCUUUGUAGGGGCAUAUUUUGGAUACAAAAAGAGGCCUAUUGAACACCCUGUCAGAACAAACCAGAUUCCCCGACAGAUUCCAGAUCAGUCGUUUUACACCAGACCCCUCCCCGGAAUACUGAUGGGGGGUGUUCUACCGUUUGGUUGCAUCUUCAUCCAACUCUUUUUCAUUCUCAAUAGUAUAUGGUCACAGCAAACCUACUACAUGUUUGGGUUCCUGAUGUUAGUUUUCAUUAUCCUUAUUGUGACCUGUUCCGAGGCCACCAUCCUACUGUGUUAUUUCCAUCUCUGUGCCGAAGAUUACCAUUGGUGGUGGCGUUCCUUCCUGACCAGUGGUUUUACAGCAGUCUAUCUGUUUGGCUACUGUAUUCACUAUUUUGUCUCCAAGCUGGAAAUACACGGAGCAGCUAGUACCUUCCUCUAUUUUGGUUACACAUUUAUCAUUGUGUUCCUUUUCUUCUUGUUGACUGGAACAAUUGGUUUCUUUGCCUGUUUCUGGUUUGUCACCAAGAUCUAUGGAGUAGUGAAAGUGGACUAGAUUUGUUCCAGCCAUUCAUUGAGAUGCCAGCAAUGGUCCAGCAUGGAGGGAAAACACUCAUAAAGCUCAUUAGAACACAUGUCUGCCUGUGAUGUAUCAUGUAGGAAAACACUAGAUAAGGAAUUCAUGCACAUGUAUGGACAAUAUUUGUCACAGUCACGGAACGAGAAAUUCACCAGACAGAAUAUAGGGUAUAUACAGUGUAGAGAUCGAAGUCACUUUUCUUGCAGAGAAUGGAAUUUGGAUAUAGGAACUUGUCUUUUUUUGUGUGUAUGAACAGCUUCUCUGUUGAUUUUCUUUUAAUAAUGUGGUGUAAUUAUUUUAAUAAAGGUUUCUUUUGAAUUUCAUGCACUUAAACUAAACAACCUUUUAGUUCAGACAAACAAUAUUUUUGAAGUAUGUGUAAAAUUUUUACGUACAAGUGUAAUAUCCACAAACUUUAGAACAAUGUAAUUGCUUUUAGCACUAUUUUCAGGUAUGGCAAAAAUUUGAGUCAUAGACUACUGAUAGAUUUUGAUAUUUUUAUAUCAAAUCGUGUUGGACUUGUAUUUAUUGUAUUAUGUUUUCUUUAUGCUAAAAAAUUAUUUACAUUUACAAUCUUGGUAUGUUACGUUGAACUCAUUGGAUGUCUGUUGAAAUCCAUUUUGUGUAGAAUACAUGUUUCAUCUUGAUGUGCAUUAUUUGAUUUCUGUCUUGCUGGAAACUGUACAAAUUAAAACUUACACACAAAUGUUUAAUUU